AUACAGCUCGUCGACCCCCCUUUCCGAAGGCGUUUCAAAAAAACGUGUCUGGAUGGGUUUCCUUGAUGCGGGCUCUUUAUCGUGUUUUUUUACCCCUUCAACCUGUCCUGCCCUAGAUGUAGUAUUUACUGGCAAUGGGGUGGGAUUUCCCCGCCCUCCUUACCUGCGUGUUCUUCCAACGUGUGAAAAGGGAAAUUCUGAGCCGCUCGCUGCGCUCAUCUCCAGAUUGAACAGAGGAAUGGGACAGUUCGUCUGAAGUGAGGAUGAUGAUAAGAAGAAGGGAUAGGGAAGUUAGUGGAUGUGGAAGGACUACGCUGUUGCAUGUGGUGAGGAAGUGACUUGCAUCAAGAUGUUUUCACAAUGGAGUUGGUCAGUGCAAGCUAUGUGUACUCUCCUGAGCAUUUUCUCCUUUGGCGUUUCAGAUGGACUUGUAAAAAUGUGUGGCUAUAUCCUCCCAGAGGCUCCAGUGGUACUUCCCUUUGGCUCCAAUUUUACAGCAUUCUGCAUUCUCAAUGACCAUUGUUCAUCGAAUGUCAAGAUUCAUGCUAAUCAAAUUAUUUGGAAAACCAAAAAUGUGCUUGUCCCUAAAGAACAAUAUCAUGUAAUAAACCAGACUGUUUCUAGUGUAACAUUUAAUGACAUUUCCAUGUUGCCUUCUCCUUUGACUUGCAAUGUCUUGGUAGCUGGGACCAUUGAGCAGAAUAUCUAUGGAAUUGAGAUUCAGUUGGGCUUUCCUCCAGAGAAGCCAAAGAAUCUAAGUUGCAUUGUGAUUCAGACACAACCAAACAGAUUUAUUCAAACAUGUACCUGGGAACCUGGAAGAGAUACAUUCCUGAACACCAAUUAUUCUUUAAAGUCUAAAUGGCCUGACGGAACUUUACAUCACUGUAUACCUCAGAAAACUAAAAAUGUUUGCAACAGUUCUACUGUUGUCUUUUUUGUCUAUCUGGAGGUAUGGGUGGAAGCCAAGAAUGAACUUGGGGAAGUCGAAUCUGACCACAUUGGUUUUGAUCCGCUAUAUCGUGUAAAACCUCUACCUCCAAGUAAUCUAUCUGUGAACUCAGGAGAAUUACCUACAGUCCUGAAAUUAACAUGGAUCAACAGACUUGAUAAGCAACCACUGGUUCUGAAAUACAAAAUUCGAUAUAAGACUGUUGACAGCACAAGUUGGACUGAGGUUCCCCCUGAAGACACAGAUUCACAGAGAACUUCCUUCACUAUCCAGGAACUCAAGCCAUAUACAAAAUAUGUGUUUCAGUUACGUUGUGCAAUUAAUUUUGCUCAAAUAGAAUACAGGGGUAACGAAUAUGAAGGAUAUUGGAGUGACUGGAGUGAAGAAGUUGUUGGGUUUACAGCUGAAGCAAAACCGUCUAAAGGACCAGCUGUUUGGCGGAAGAUUAGUACUCACUCUCCUGGAAACUGGACUCUGGAGCUGACCUGGAAAGAAUUGGAACCUUCUGAAGCCAAUGGAGUAAUCCUAGGAUAUGAAGUGUCUGUUUCAGGAAGGCCACCACUUUCUUUUCCAGUGAAAGUGUACUCCCACAUGAAUGCCACAAAGCUCAUUCUGAAUGUACACAAUGGGACAUAUGAAGUGAGGGUUACAGCAUAUAACAGCGCUGGUAAAUCUCCUACGUCAGUUUUGCUUGUCUCAGCCACAAACUCAAAAGCUCCUGUGAAAGAUGUUGUGGCAUUUCCUAAAGAUGGCAAACUCUGGGUAAACUGGACAGCACCCAGAGAAUUUGUUAGUAAAUACAUAAUUGAAUGGUAUGAAGAGUGUGACAGUUCAGACUGCAGUACCGAAUGGCAACAGGAACCUGGGAUGAAACAUAGUGCAUUUUUAAAAGGAGACAUAAAACCACGAAAAUGUUACACUAUAACUGUGAUUCCAUUAUAUGCAAAUGGACAAGGAGAAGGAAAAUCAACACAAGCAUACCUUCAACAAGAUGUGCCUUUGAAUGGACCCACUGUUCAAACAAAGAAAGUUGGAAAAUUUGAAGCUGUGUUAGAGUGGAAACCUCUUUCAGUGGAAGAGCAAAAUGGAUUUAUCAAAUACUACACUAUAACUUAUAACACAGUAACUGGAAAUAAAACAGUUGUGAUUGUGAAUGCUUCCCAGACGGAGUACCCACUGUCUUCUUUGUCAAGUGAUACUUUAUACACGGUGCAGAUGGCAGCAUACACAGAAAAAGGAGGAAGAAAUGGUCCUCAGUUUACAUUUACUACAAAGAAAUUUGGAGAAGGGGAAAUUGAAGCAAUAGUUGUUCCUGUCUGUCUAGCAUUCUUAGCGUUUACUCUAUUAGGUGUAUUAUUUUGCUUCAGCAAACGAGACAUCAUCAAGAAGCACAUCUGGCCUAAUGUGCCUGAUCCUUCAAAGAGUGUGAUUGCUCAAUGGUCACCGCAAACACCAUCUAAGCAAUUUAAUUCCAAAGAGCAGAUCUAUCCAGAAGGGAGCUUCACUGAUGUCAGUGUUGUAGAAAUUGAAGCUGAUGACAAGAAGUCUCUUUCUGAACCAGACCUGAAGUUAUUUGAUUUGCUUAAAAAGGAGAAAAAUGCUUCAGAAGGUCACAGCAGUGGUAUCGGGGGAUCGUCCUGUAUGUCUUCUCCUCGACAGAGUGUUUCAGAUAGUGAUGAAGGGGAACCUGCUCAAAACACUUCCAGCACUGUGCAGUACUCAACAGUGGUACCAAAUGGCUACCGGGACCAGACACCUCCAGUGCAAGUCUUUUCUAGGUCUGAGUCUACCCAACCUCUGUUAGAUUCUGAAGAGAGACCGGAAGACCAGCAAGUGCUAGGAAGUGACAACUCUACACCAAAGCGAAACUAUUUCAAGCAGAAUGGUAACUGGGAUGAAGCGGUCACAGAUGGUUCUCAUUUGGAAAAAGUCAAGCAAAUUUCUCCGAUAAAUGAAGAAGAUACUGCUGGACUUUAUGACUCACAGAUAUGUGGCUCGAGCUCAGAGGGGAAUGAACAAGGAGUUGUCCUGCCAGGUGCUUUCCAUUCAAGCCCAGAGGGACCACCCAUGCAGUUUGAACCCAUCAGAAUGAAUACAGUGACAGAUGGCGAGAUGCCAAAGUGUUAUCUACCACAGACAGUAAGGCAAGGUGGUUAUAUGCCCCAGUAAAAAAGGACAGACUGCCUCCUCCUAGGCUUCUGGCAGACACAGUUGUUCCAUUCAUUUUAAGUUACACUGUUUUUUCUAAAUCUUGCUUCAGAUGAAAAAAAAUUUAGGUUCAUUUAUGGAAGAGAAUGUGGACAAUAUGAUUUUGGAAACCUAGGACAGAUUUCAGUUGAAGGUUUCUAGACAUCCUUCCUUGAAGCACUACAUUUGGUGCUUCAGACAGACCUGAGGCUUUUCACGUUUGUUCUGGGGCAUCCUAGUUUAUUUUAGUAUAGAAUGGAAGACAACCCAUGCACAUUACAGAGCAGAAUACAAGGAGAUGAUGAUUUACUGUGAAUACCUCAUUACAAAGCAAGUAUGAGGAGAUAUGAUUAUUUGCAUUUUGAAUAUUCUCUUUUUUUAAAGCUAUGCCAUCUUUCAAAAGGAAAAAUGCAGUAUUUUAUCUUAACUGUUACCUUUAAAUGUACUUCAGAUAUCAAAAUAGACUCUGCAUGACCAGGUCUCUAGUGAGUGAUGACAGGAUUCAAAUACUAGAGCAGCCAUAACAAGUUGCUAGAGAAACAGUCUGUCUACAGAGAUUGCUUCAUUAGGGGGGAGGGAGGCUACCCACACUGCGGUUUUGUCCUUGUCCAUAAAGAACUGUCAUCAGUUGAGUGGAUAUUUAUCAUCUAUUUCAAUUAAGGCUAAGUCAGAAGGCUAUUACUAAACUCUGAAUGGUGGUGUUUUGUGCCUUUCUUAUCUUGCAUUUGAAACCAGAUCAAUUCAUAGUUGAAAUGUCAUUACAGUUGAGCACAGAAUAAUUCACAAGUGCAGUUUUUUUGUUUUGUUUUACAAGAUUAGAGGAAGGAAAAGUAAACGUAUUCUAAUCAAUAUAAUAAAGUUUUAUGUUAAUGGGGAAUUAUUGAAUGCCAGAUACUGCUUCUAGUAUCCUCUGCUGUCAUUGCUUGACAUAAUGAAUGCCUUAGCCAGCAUGAGAAAUCUGCAUGGCUGUUGCGUAAAGGUCGCCAGGAAGAGUUGCAGUCUUGGUACUUCACAUGGAGAGUUUUGUCUCUCACGAGUGAAGAAAUGACUUUAUUAAAACACUUCUUGCAGCCUUUUACAAAAAACAGCCAUCUGUGUCAGGUCAUGUCUUUCCUGCAAAUUAGAUCAAUGUUUCUUUUCUUGCAGUGCAUUUAUGUUGAGACUAUUUUUAAAAAAUCCAGAAACACUACAGUUAUUUUGCCAGAAAUCAUCUAUUUGCUUCUUAAUAAUUUCACAGGCUGUAGUGAUGAAAUUUUGAUAUGCUAGUGUCCAGGUUAUGAUUCCUUGGCUGUAGUCAACCAUUAAUAAUGACUGGUUCUUUAGAAUAUUGGCUAGUCAUUAAGAUUAUUAGUUCAAAAGGAAUAUGUCAAGAACUCUUAAACAUUUUCAGACAUUUCGAUCUAAAACUCAGUUAGGUUGCAACAAUAUUUUUGAGUAAAUAAAUGCAUCAGUGGUUUAGGUGUCUGGCUGUGGAGCCAGCAUGUUGGGAGUUCAGUUCCACACCGUGCCUCCUUGAUAGGGUAAAGGAUCCAUAAGGUCCCUUCCAGCUCUGCAGUUCUAAGAUUAUUGUUAUUAUAAAUGUAAUAAUUCAUGCUGUAACCCAGUUUGGCAUCUUCUGAUAUUUAGAAAGAAUUAAUCUUUACCUGCUUAUACUACAAGUCUUCUUACACUUGCAUGUAUUGUAGUGGUAUUUUUGUCUGGUGCUUAGAAAUGUAAUGAAUGCCAACAAAUUUAGUGAACAACAGUAUGUUAUGGCUUGGGUGUUCUUCAGAAACAAAUUUCUUGUUUGCCUUCUCUUUCCAAGGGCCUCAAAACAUUAUUUAAAGUUGCCCAGAGAGAACACUAUCCAUGAAGAACCUGACUUGUAUAGGUCCUAGCAAAAUGAAUGGUGGUUUCUCUGUGUCACAGACUAUUUGCAUUGCAUUUGUCACUUAGUAGUAAUUCUCCUGAUGAAUAACCAAGAUAUCUGAAUGAAAAGGCAUUCUGAUAAAAUAUAAAACCUUUUCUUCGGUUGUUCUGAUACCAUGUUCUACUCUGGAGCCUUGACUGUGAGAAAUCAUAUGUGUUUCAGCCCAUGCUAAUGUACUCACUGUUGAAUCCUCAGGAAAUGUUCAUAAUAUUGUUCAACCUAUGUAUAUGUAGAACAUUCCUAAAAUGGUUCUUCGGUUGCCUUAAUACAGGAAAUUUCAGAUGUGAUUUCCUUUGAACAUCUGGCUCAAAUUUGUAAUUGUUACAAGAUUAAAAUAAGCAAUCCUUCACCCCAAAAAAUGAAGAUCUGAAGAAUUGUUUUCAGAAGAUAUUUUGCAGGGUAGCAGUACUCAUGGGGGUUUGUUGAGUAUUUUGGUGAAUUCAACUUGUGUGUGUAUAGAAUGUAUCUAUUUUCCCAGUACAAAUCAAGUCUUGGUAUUGUGUUCUGUUUUCUCCAUCAGUCCAGAUGACAUUUUUAAAUGAACAGUGUUUGACAUUUGUUCAUGCCACAUGCCUAAUUUAUUGGGGUGGGGCGAGGAGAAGAUAAGAACUUGUUUGAUUAGUGCAUGACCUGAAUAACACAUAGCGCAAGCCUGUAUCAUUUGGGAGGCAGUCUUGCUGAGUUCAGUGGGGCUUAUUUGCAGGCAAGUGAACAUAAGAAUGAAGUUUGAAUUACAUCCCUUUGGGUAUCUCUUAGCAGCAUGGACAUCAACAGGCAACAUCUGAUGAAACACUUUGCUUUAGUGUUAAGUAACCGUAUGUUGGUAUGUUAAAAUCUGUAAUGAGAGAAUCCCAAGCUAAGUUUUGUUAUGUGUAAAAGCAAGUAAGCACCAGGUGUUGUUUGGUUCUGGCUUUUUGAAAUUCCUACCAAGCACCGCAAAUUCAGAACAGGGAGGUGGAGAGCUUUUUUAAGAUCAGGAGAGGACAAGAAUUACAAAAACAAAGUUACACCAACAUUUUACAAUCUUGCUAUCCUGCUUUAGUCUUUUUCAGAUGAGAAAUAACAUGGAAGGUUGAAAAAUACUAGUUUGUGGCAAACGUUCUCAUUUAAUUAGAAAGCCAUCAGUUAAGAAGUGAUCUGUAAGAAUAAAUCUCAUACGCCAAACAAAGGACAAGGACCUACAAAUGGAUUGUAGGAACCUAGUGAAGAUGACAAAUGAUUAUAAAUUCUGGCUGUAUUGCUAAUAAAAUUUCACUGACAGUAUCAACAUUGAAAUGCCCAAAUAUAUUUAAUGCUUCACUAAAAUGGAGGGUUCUCUGAAAACGAAGCAUUUGCAUUUUAGCCUUAUCUUCAAAUAGUAGUUUAGUAACUUCUGUCAAUAUAUGAGGAAAAAGAACUACCAAGAAAGAUUUCAGUUCAGCAACAGGAUGAUCCCCUUAUUUUGGAAAACACCUUUUGCCAAAAUCAUGCUAAUAUUUUUGUCACUAGGAAUUGUGUAUAUACUGAAGAGUAAUAGCAGUGCCCAGGUAGUUUGCUGUUAUAUCACCUAAAUAUAUACAUUUGUGACAUCUUUAAGCUGUACAUGCCUAUCCUCGAAUCUUCCUUAGGUUAAGAUGGAUGUGAAAUGCCAAAGCAAUAGAUUAAAGACUAUAGCAUAA